UUAUCAAACAUACAACCGAACAACUGUCUUACUUAUAUUUAUUUGCGUAUAUACGAAAUUUUUAAUCUGUUUACAACGUAGAGAGAAUUAUUUAAUUCAAGGUUGACCGGCAUUUCACGAAGCAUCCCCUGUGGGGUCCUAGCUUGGGUCCUUGGUCAACGUGCGAGACGCGAAAAUGUGAAGUUGUUUUGAACUUGCCUGGAAUUUGUGACACCGGGACAUGGUCGUCAAUUAAUGUUAUAUAAAAUAAAGCUGUGAGUGUUUAGGAGUUCGUCUUACCAUGAUGCCAGGGGACAGUCAGUCCAAAACGGUAGCAAUCGCCGCGGACGCGACGGUUGGAAACUGUCAAAACUGCUCUGUUUUGCACCAGAGCCUGAACGAAUAUGUGUCGUCAUUUCUGGCACUUAAACAGAAGAUAACUGUUUCGGAUGACACAAUCAGGCUUCAACAGCAGCUGGAGGAGCUGCAGAUCAGAUUGGUUACUCUGGAGAAAAAGACAGCAGAUUAUGAAUCUGUGCAAGCAGAACUGGAAGAAAAAAAGAGUGCUCUUAAGGCCUAUGGACAGAUGUCUGAAGAGAUGGAAAAAAUUAAGCUGGAAAACGGCAAGACAAUGGCAGAGAAUAAGAAGCUUGAAGACCAGCUGAAGGACGUGAAAGAACUGACAGAAAUACAGUCACUUGAAAAUGCAAAGCUGAAGAGGGAAAAGGCCAUAAUAGAAAAUGAUUUGCUGAAAACACAGACAUCUUUGAAGAAAUCUGAGGCACAAGCAGAUCAGGUUGAAAAAUUGAUAGAGGAGAACACCAAGACAACAAGCAUAAAGGACAACCUUGAAAAUAAAGUUCGGCUGCUCGAAGACUCAAUUUGCAAACAGAAUCAUCAAAUUGACCAACUGACCAAAGAGAAGAUUCUGCUAGAGAGAAAUAUUGAUGACCUCCAGGUGAGACUGAUAAAACUGGAAAGAGAAAGGUGUAAAGAAUAUAGGAGCACAUCAUCUCAAGCAAGUGCACCUGAGGAGCCUAAAGUUGACAAAGAAAAGUUCCGGGCGCUCCUAGAGAAUUUGUGGGCAUGUGUAGAACCUCAGCAGCAGCACUCUGCAAACCUGUUGCACUUACCUGACUCCAGUUCCAAGCAAGUUCUACCCUCCUCUCCACAAAACAGACUGCUCUCACGCCUGAAUAACACGUCCCAGUCUGCUCCUCAUAAUAUCAGUGAAUCUUACAGUUACCCCAUGCAGACAGAAGUCACUUAUACACAGUUAAAACCCUCUCCUGAUGGACAGGAAGCCAUCCAGCGUCAGGCAUCUCUGCCAUCAACAAGUGCCAAGAAGCAAACAGACACUCCCAAAAAGAGCAAGCGAUCGUCCAAGGAACGCAAAACUGAGGAGGCACCUACUGAGUUGGGCAGCUCUGAAGUUGAGGAGAUAAUGGCAUUGUUUAAACCAAUGCUUCCCUGCAUAUCACCGCUACUAGAUUUGGACAAAGAGAUGGAAUCCAUGGAGACAUAUGGUGGAGAAAAGGAAAAACAUCCCAAAUCCUCUGACUCUGUCCAUCUUCAGCAAACGGAGUCCUUACUCAUCACAACAUCAGUGUCAAGCCACUGUCCUAAAUCGUCUGCAGAACCAACAGAGGGUAAUGUGGAUUUGCCAGUGGUCACAACACAGGAAGUGGAACACAUUUCCAGUGAAAAUUCCUCCAAAGACUUGGGACAAAAUGUGUUGAGAGGCAUUACUAUAAUGAAGGACAAAAGCAGAAGUACAGAUGGUGAAGAAAUGCAUCCUCAAAAAGGCAUGCAGACUGACCAGCAGCCAGCAACUGUGCAUUUAGUAUCAGCGUCAUCAUCAUCUUCUUCCACAUCAGACAUAACAGUUUUGGUCCAGAUUGUGUCGAGUCAAGAGCCACCCUGCAGUGCGCAGGAAGAUCAGUCAGAGACUAUUACAAAGAUGGAUGUAGACACAAGCCCUAGUGAUGUUGCUGGUGCCAAAAAGGGCACUCCUGAUUGUGUAGAGUCACCGAGAAGAUGUGACACAACUGUAAUCUCUCAGGAAGUUACUUCCUCAAUAUUCAUUGAGUCUGUGAGAGAUGUGGUUACAAAUACAGAAAAUGGUUCAGAAAUGGGAAAAAGUCAUCAGGACUCAGUCUUGAAGCCCCAUGAGAAUAAAGGGUGUCUUGGCGAGCACACAGAGGAUAACCUCUGUUUGUCAAGCAGCAGUGACCGCAUCAGUGUGUCAAAUAAAAAUGCAGAGGAGAGUUUUGAAAAGGAUGCAUCCAUGAAGCUUCUUGGGGAUGAAGAUAGGAAUGAAGCACAAGGAACUGGAGGAGUUGAUGUAACAGUGUCUCCCUCAGAGUCAAAUGCUGAUAAUAGACCUCCAUCGCCUCAUAAAUCUCCACUGUUGAAGACGGAAGAUGACAAGUCCCGUGCUGACCAGGAAUCUUCUCAAGCAAAUGUUGAAAUUCCUUCAAAAGAGGAUGUUGUUGUAGAGACACUGAACAGUGAAAUACUGGCUGAUCAUGGCCCUUCACUUUCUGACUCCCAAGAGACAAAGACUGUUACCUGUGAAUCUUUGAAAGACUUACAUUCUCUGUGCAGGCAGUUGAGUCCUACGUGUCUGUUUCCCACUGUAAACUUGCAGGCUUUGGAAACUCACCCAAAGCCAGAAAAUUUGAAUGCCAGCGUUAACAGUGAACACAUUUCAACGAAUGAAAAAACCAUACAGCCUGUGCCCAGCUUAGAGGAAGAAGCUGUCAUUGAAAAGGCUAUUGUCACAGACUUGCCUCAGGACAGCAUAGACACAAAUAACCAUAAAGUGAGCAAAGGCAAAGUUUGUCCUGCUACCUCAUCAAAUCACAAUAAUGCCGCCACAAAUGGACAAAAUAAAUGUUUAAAGUCACGUACAAACGUGCUUGAAAAACAAAGCCCACAAAUCAUCAGACAGGAACUACCUAGCCUGGUGGCAUGUUCAACUACAGCUCAACCACCAGAAUGCAUAGGCCAAGUUCGCUCUGAAAUGGGCCCUCCACUUCCUCGUCUCCUAACUCCUCUGAGCACACCUCCAAAGGUGGGCAAAUCGAUCAAUCCAAGGCAGGCUAUUGGGAAACUCUCAUUUGCUUCACCCAUGGAUAGAUUGGCUUCACCUACCACUCCUGUCCAGGCCCACUUGACUCCCAACGGUCGGCAGUUGAGGUCCUCAUCUGUAAACAGUCCCCUCUUUCCAAACGGAGCCCCCUCAUCACCACUCCAGUUCGGCUCUGCCACUCCAAAACAUGCUGUGCCGGUCCCAGGCCGCCUGCCCUUGACUGUAAUGAACUCUUCCCCAUCGUCUUCCUCCAGCCCAUAUCAGGAAAACUCCAUGAGGACUCUUGACACCAUGUACCCAGAGCUCUCUGCCCACGCACGAACUUUGAGCAUCCUCAGAGGGAAUGUCAGUCUCAGCAUUUGUUCAUCAGAGAGCGGAACAUUGUCUACAACAACCGUUGGUCAGAUGUCUGGCUUUAAGACUAUUAACUCAACUUCAACAGCCUUCACCAAGACUGAGAUGAGGGGUGAAAAAAGACAGGCCAUCAGUUUGCCUCAACCGAAAAACAGCAAAUGUCUCAGGCUAGAUAACUGCUGUCCUAGUGUGAGUCACAAGCAGCUGCCUUCCUCCUCCUCAAACAGCGGAGAGGAGACCGCCUCACCCCACACUCUGACGCUCAGUGCACUCCAAAAUGAGGCAACUUCUCCAUCCAUGGACUGUGGAGAGCAAAAUCUCAUAGUGAACUUUUUAAAGAAAAUUCAAAGCCGUUGUUUUGAUCUAUUGCCUGUGAUCCAGAGCCACCUGUAUGUCGGUAACCUGCCAAAAAAGCCUGUCCUGAGAGACGAGGAGAGGGAAGUUAUCUCUGAGAUUUGCAAAAGCAGCCUGCUGAAGGCAGAUGACCUGAUUUUGGCCAUCCUGAACAAACUGAAAGCAGAGAAGAGAUUCCUCAGCAGAAAUGAUAUGCAGGCCCUCUGCAGAGUCUACACAGGGAUCUGCAGACAGCAGAGAGACUGGGAGAAGGCUCACAUCCUGGCCUACAGCAUUCUAGCAGAAGACUUCCCAGACUCUGCUAAGCUGAUCUUGUUCAUGGUUACAACAUGGCCCAAUGUUUUCUCACACAGUAGUUGUCUGUGCCAGGCAAUACAUACUGUCACCAAACUGAAAGCACAAGAAAACCUCCUCAGCUGCCUUUCAGCAUUCCUUGGUUGGGAGAAGAGCCCUCCAUGUGACACUGACAAGCUGAUCUCCAGAACACUCUCUGAUAUUCGGUCCGGGUCGAACCUGUCUUUCGCAAAACACAGUCGGUACGGGGACGGUCUGGGGACUAAGGCGUGGGAACAUGUCUUCACAUUGAACCUCCUUUGUACACACAAGAAGUGGAAGUGGACAUAUGAAAAUAUAUUGGGCAAGGAGUUGUGGCCAUUAAUGAACACUUGGGUGACGCAGCCCAGAGAUCAACAAGCUCCUGUCUCUGAUGUGACUGUCGCCACUGUACUCCGACUCAUAGGACGCCUCGGUCAACAGGGGAUCAAAGAGAGGUGUGUUUCCUCUGUGGUAACUGUUGCCAACGUCAUCAACACGUUUGGUAGGCAUGGACAGACUGAAGGUGUGCCAUGGGAGGUCCAGUUAGCAGCCAUCUACUGCAUCUAUGACCUGUCUCCCUGCAACCCCAAACAAGCCCUGGAUGCCCUUGCAGGAUGGAGAGGAGAAACGUCUCAGAGCGUCCCUCCUGCUGUUACUAGCUGCAUUAACCAGUUAGCCUCUGUCUGCAGACAGGUCAAGAGCUGAGAGAGACACGCACAUGCUGUACAAAGCCAAAUAGACAUACAUGUCACUCUGUUCCUAUUUUAAAGACAGGGUGAAUGAAAAUGCCACCAUGCACCACAAAGUUCAUUUUAUCUUGCCGACUGGCAGACAGUGAUGGAGCUGUUGACCAUUUGGACACAUGACUGGUCACAAAUGGGCUUUGUGCCUGUCUUAAUACAGGGUGUGCGGAUGUUUAUAGUGAGUCACAAAUUGAAAUUUAUCGUCAAAGACAGUUCCAGACAACAUUUGUCACUUGCUUUUAUGUGCACUUCUACUUUAACAUGUCACUUAAAUGUAGCAAAUGUUUCCAGACUUUUUAAUGUUACCACAUGUACAAUUUAGUUUCCUCAAAUGUUUAACUCUCAAUACCCUGUAAUAAUUGCACUGGCAUAAUGCCAGUCUUUUUUUGCUAUACUCAGGUAAUGUUUUAAAAUACUGUAAAACAUGUACAUGUGUGUUCUGGUUUAGCUGUGGCACUGCUGUAAAUGUUUCUUCAUUUAAGUGUUUGUAAAUAUGAGGUAUCAAUGUUUGAAAAAUAUGUUUGCCACAGUAAAUGUUUUGUACAGUUUAAAGUUUCAGAGGUUAUUUAAUUUUUUCUUAUUAAAAUGUCUACAUAUUGAA